CCGCGGCUCCGAGCUCCGCGGGACGGCGGCCGGGGCACGGCCCCUUUGCGCUCAUGGCCUCUCCGAGCAAGGCAGUGAUUGUUCCCGGGAAUGGCGGCGGGGAUGUGGCCACCCACGGCUGGUAUGGCUGGGUCAGGAAGGCGCUGGAUCAGAUACCUGGUUUCCAGUGUUUGGCUAAGAACAUGCCCGACCCAAUUACAGCACAGGAGAGCAUCUGGCUGCCCUUCAUGGAGACGGAGCUGCACUGUGAUGAGAAGACCAUCAUCAUAGGUCACAGUUCCGGGGCCAUUGCGGCCAUGAGGUAUGCAGAAACACAUCGAGUAUAUGCUAUUGUAUUAGUGUCUGCAUACACCUCAGACUUGGGGGAUGAAAAUGAGCGUGCAAGUGGAUACUUCAGCCGCCCCUGGCAAUGGGAGAAGAUCAAAGCCAACUGCCCUCACAUUGUGCAGUUUGGCUCCACUGAUGAUCCUUUCCUUCCCUGGAAAGAACAACAAGAAGUGGCUGAUAGGUUGGAUGCCAAACUGUACAGAUUCACUGACCGUGGCCAUUUCCAGAACACGGAGUUUCAUGAACUGAUUAGUGUGGUAAAGUCGAUGCUGAAAGUACCAGCAUAGACAGGAUGAUUUCUGCUAUUUUGCAUACUGAUAUAGAGGUAGAGCAAUUAUUAGAUUGUUAAUAGGUAAGUUAUCUAUUAUCAGGUGAUUACUGGACAUGGAAAACAGGUCAAGUUAAGUUCCACAAAUGCCUAAAAAGCAAACACAAGUUCCAAUGUUUAGCCUAAGUUACAAAGAGCAUUUCCACUUUCCAGAAUCUACACCUCCCCAAAGUGAGCUGCAAUGAACUAAAGCAGUAUUUUUCCUAUUUGGUAAGGGACAUAAGGACAGCUUAAUCACCCUCAUCUGUUCAAAGAGAGUCAGACAAAAAUAGAAUCCAGGUUUCCUGAUUCCCAGCCCAGCUUAAAACUAAAUAGGUUUUCUGUAUGUUAUAGGAGUUACAUUUUUUUGAGGAGUUAAACCUCUUUGAAAUAAAACUUUUGUUUUAUUGGGGAAAGAAGACAUGACUAAAGGUCCAGAGUGUUGGCUUAGAUCUCAAAGUACUAUCUGCUAAGCUGGCCCAGGACAUUAAUCCCAGACUAGGGCCUUCACCUUUGACACCCUGCCCCAGUCCUUCAAACAUGUGAAAGAGAAUGAUAUAUAAGGGUCCACAAAGAUCAGGCAGGGAAUUUAGGCCCAGCCCAUAUAUAUAUAUAUAUAUAUAUAAAAGCACAGCUGACUAGAUUUGUGCAAGACCAGAGUUAUGAAGAUUAGGGCAAUGUGGAAAGCUCUUGCCCUGUCUAAACUGCUGCCAUGUGGGAAUGUGGCAGGGUAUUGCCAGUUUUCUGAUAUUUUUGAAAAAACCAUGCAAUAGUUUUUAUAUCCAGGGAAAAUACAUGUAUGCAUUUACAUACAAUCCAUAGGGACCUGAAUUAUGUCUAACUCAUGUCCAUAUGGAUUAUGUUAGUUGGUAAUUACAGUAUAAAAAUUUAUAAAUGCUUCAGGACACCCAAAGUCCAAACCAUCCAUUUGUAACUUCUGCCAUAAGGAUUAACUUAGGUGCUUUAAAUGACCCUUUAUGAGAAAUGAACAUGUCAAAGGGUGAAAUCAUGAGAACAAUUUGGAUUUUGUUAAAAGUCUUAAGUUUUUAAAAAAAAUCUUUCCUUACCUCCAAUUUUGUUUUGUAGAGUUCCUUUUAAUUCCCGUGGUCCUUUAGAUGUGUUUCAAGCAUCAUUCCAUGAGUUUUUCUUCUGCUCAUACUCCCUCAAAACAGACCUUUUCAUUUCCCAAUAUUUUUUGGCUGUUUUGUUACCUCAAACAAUUUCCAGUGAAUUCAUAUUUGCUGUUGCAGAACCUGUUGUUUGCUGUAGUAAUGUGAAUUUCCACAGUUUUUAUGCCCAAAAGGGACUCAAAGCCAUCAUUAAAAGUCUUUUGGUUUCUAAAUGUGCUCAAAGAAAAAAGUCAGGAAAAACUCUAUAAACUUUUAAUAGUAAUUAUCUUUGGGGGAUGGGAAUUUUGGCAGGUACAGUGUAGUGUACAUCUCCUAUUUUAUAUACCUGGAGAUUAUCUGAGUUGUUAUACUGAACAGGUAUUACUUAUUAAAUUACAAUAAUUAGGAUUUAAGGCAACUUAUUUGACAAGUUAGUGAAAAGCAAAUUAGGUAAAUCAAUUGAAUAGUAAUUUUCUUAAAAAGAUAGUUUAGCAUUGAUUUGACCAUGCCUAUAAUCAAAGUUUAAUUCUAUAUUAUUUGAAUUACUUGGGAUUACUAAUUGUUCUUACACUCUGCUUUGUUUUCUUAAGUCCUUUCUCAAAAAAUUACAAACUUAUGCAAGUAACAGUUCAUAAUACUUUGUUCUCCUCUGCCAUAGAAAAAAACAAAUAUAUACAAUUGAGAAAUAA